AUGUGCCUGCACGACUGGUACGGUCGCCGUCAGGGUCGCGCUGCUGGAGCUCGGGGCUCUGCCGCUGGAGGUGCUUCUGCUGACGUCGCUGGAGCUGGGAGUGGUGCUGGUACUUUGUCUACUGGAGGUGCUGGAGUUGCUGGUCCCGGAGGUGCUCGUACUGGCAGUACUGGAGCUGCUGGGACUGGAGGUGCUGUGUCUGGGGGUGCUGCUGCUGGAGACGCUGAGGCUGGAGACCCUGGGACUGGAGUUGCCGGUUCUGGGGGUGCUGCUGCUGGAGACACUGCGGUUGGAGACCCUGGGACUGGAGGUGCCGGUUCUGGGGGUGCUGCUGCUGGUGGAGCUGGUCCUGGAGGAGCUGGCGCUGGAGAUUCUGGAGCUACUAGGGGCGCUGGAGCUGCUGGUACUGGUGGCACGGCGCAGCCGAGACUGUUCUUCGCUCCGCCGUCUUCGUCGUCCCCGCCACCGCCUCAGUCUGUGCUUCGCCAGGUUCUUAGCCUACCGUCGUCUACUGGUCUUCCGUUACAGCCUGGCUCCCCACUGCCUGCUCCUUCUCCUUACACUGAGCAGACUGGGGGUCUUGCUGAGCGUCGUGAGCCUGCGUCGCGUCCUGUCUCGCCUGUCCCCUCUGGUCGUUCCGGUCGGCGUGUUCCUCGUCCGCGUCAGCCAGCUGUCCCCGGCACACGUCUCGUAGUCCGUCGUCCUUCCUCUGCUCCGCAGUCUGUUCCUCUGCCGUCUCCCCCUGCGUCCUCUCUGCCUGACGUUCCGGACCCUGAGUCUGACCGGUUUCGUGCUGAGCACCCUACUGUCACGCGUCUGUUAGCCACAGUUGUCACUGACCCGUCGUUUGGGUCUUCUGCUGCGUCUGCCUUGGUCGCUGAGCUUGUUGACUUUGCUGCUGCCUGUCGUCUAGACUACGCCACUGCUCCUGUUGCUGAGUCUACGUCUGUCUGUCCUCUGUCCGUCGGGGGUGAGUGUGCUCUUGGCACGGACGUCCUUGAGGACAGACAGGAGGACCUUGAGUGUCUUGCAGCCGCUGCACCUCAUCUCGUGGCCAUGCUGCUUGCCCCUGAGGGAGACCCGGAUGCUCUAGACAUCCCUACCCCGCGCUCUUACGCUGAGGCGAUCGCGGGUCCCUACUCCUCUCAGUGGCAGACAGCCAUGGACGCAGAGAUGGCAUCCUGGAAGUCCACAGGCACUUACGUUGACGAGGUUCCCCCUCCUGGGGCGAACAUCGUCGAUGGCAUGUGGAUUUUCAGGGUGAAGCGGCCGCCGGGUUCUCCGCCUGUCUUCAAGGCUCGUUACGUUGCUCGAGGCUUCACGUGA